AUGGCAGCAACUCUGUAUCCGGACGAAAAGGGCGCGUAUCACAUGGUGGCCGACGUGGAGGCUCACAAUGAUAAAGUGCCAACCCCAGCUCCAGAGGCCAGGCGGCACAUGGCCAUGCCGUCUGUCUUGGGCCGCGUCAUCGUCCUGGUCGUUCUGGCGCUGAUUGGGCUCAUGCACACGGGCUUCUACCGCUCCGCCGCCAUGCCAUGCAUGAGCCGUCACGAGGCGGUGCCCCUAUCAUCGCUAAGCAUCGCCGACCGAGUUGACCGGAUCCUCUCGACAACGCCGCUAAUUGACGGCCACAAUGACUUUGCCAUCUUCAUCCGCGCGGCCUACAAGAACCACAUCUAUGGCGACGAUUUCCGCAAGGGCUUUGAGAAGGACGGCCUGCCACAGCACGUCGAUCUGCCGCGUCUGCGGGCGGGCAAGAACGGCGGCGCUUUCUGGAGCGUCUUCGUGGGCUGUCCGGCGAACGGGACAGACUAUUCCGACGACAACUACGCGGACAGCGUCCGGGACACGUUCCAGCAGAUCGACGUGGUCAACCGGGUCAAGGCGCUGUAUCCGGACGUGUUUUCGCCCAGCGUCAACGGCUCGACGGCGAUGGCGGCCUUUGCGCGCGGCCAGCUGAUCUCGCCGCUAGGCGUCGAGGGCCUGCACCAGAUCGGUAACAGCGCAGCCAACCUGCGCCAAUACCACGCGCUGGGCGCGCGCUACGUCACGCUGACGCACAACUGCGGGAACCGGUAUGCCGACGCGGCGCUGUGGGAGGCGCCGCUGCGCAAAGCGCCGGCCGUCUGGGGCGGUCUCAGCCACGACGGCCGCCAGCUGGUGCGCGAGAUGAACCGGCUUGGCCUGAUCGUGGACCUCUCGCACACGAGCGUCGACACGAUGGUGGACGUGCUGGGCGGACGCAAGGUCGACGAGGACGCGCACUGGACCGGCUCGUUGGCACCUGUCAUCUACAGCCACAGCAGCGCCUACAGCUUGUGCCCGCACCCGCGCAACGUGCCGGACGACGUUCUGCAGCUCGUACGGGCACGCCGCAGCCUCGUCAUGAUUAACUUUGCGCCCGACUUCGUGUCGUGCCGCUGGGACGAGCGAUCGCGCAACGGAAUCCCGUCGUUUGACCCGGCCAAUUCAACGCUGGAACACGUGGCUGAUCACGUGCUACACAUCGGCCACCUCAUCGGCUUCGAGCACGUCGGCUUCGGCAGCGACUUUGACGGCAUCCCGUCGACGCCACGCGGCCUCGACGACGUCGCCGCCUACCCCGCUCUUGUCGCCGAGCUGCUGCGCCGCGGCGUCAGCGAUGCGGACGCCGCCCUCGUCGCCGGCGGCAACCUGCUGCGCGUCUGGCGCGAAGUCGACGAGGUCGCCCUACGGCUGCAGGCCGAGGGUGCCCCCGUGUUGGAGGACGACCUGCCGGAGAUCCAGUGGUAG